GUUUUUGUUUUCCUUGCAAAGAUAAACAAAGUGCUCAAAAAAACAAAUUAUUGUUAUAAUUACGAAAAACAUGCCACUAACUGCGGAGAGUGCCGCCCAACAGAUUCAGGAUCGCCUGAAGGUCAUUCAACAAAACAUCCACAAUGUGGACGAGGAGCGUCGUCGGGCGGAGAACUCCAUUGCCAGUCUGGUGCGAUCUCUGCAUGCCACCAAUCAGAAGGUUAAGCCCCUGCUCAAGGCCAGUUUAAUUGAGGCUGAGCAGGAGGAGGCCACAAUCCGAGCCGCACUGGCCAAAAUUCACGAGAUUCGGAGCAUUCGCAACGAGAGGCGCAUACAAGCUCGCAACGCUGGAAAUAAGGAGGCCAUUCGACGAGGAGCCCUCAUGAAAAUGGUGCAGCUCUCAGCGCAAACGUUGCCUCUAUUCGUUGGCAAACUAGGAGAACGGGCACCAGCUCUAUGUGGUGCCAUUCCCGCCGAGGGGAACUAUGUGGCCAAGGUUGGCGACAAUGUUGCCGCCUUAGCCAAGGGAAUUGAUGAGGAGGAGAACUGGAUACUGGCUGAAGUGGUGCAGUUCCUGCACCGUCAAAACAAAUACGACGUGAUCGACAUUGACGAGGAGCAAAAGGAUCGCCAUGUGCUGAGCAAGCGAAAGGUCAUCCCGCUGCCUCUGAUGCGUGCAAAUCCCGAGACCGAUGGUCACGCCCUAUUCCCCAAGGACACAGUGGUAAUGGCGCUAUAUCCACAGACCACCUGCUUCUACAAGGCCAUUGUCCAUCGCCUGCCGCAGACCGCCACCGAGGAUUACGAGGUGCUAUUCGAGGAUUCCUCGUAUAUGAAUGGCUAUGCAGAACCCUUGCCGGUGGCCCAGCGCUAUGUGAUUGCAUAUCGUCCAACGAAAAAGGGGGCUGGCAGUGGCAGCGGGAAUCUAUCAUCAGCAUAAAAAUGUAUUAUCUUAGCUUUUAGAAUUAAAUGUAAUUGUAAUAAUAGCUCCAAUUAAAAUUGUAAUCAAUUCACAA